CUCUAUAUAUGUAUCUAUUACAGGGCCUGUAUAAAGCUAUUAGAAUGUCUAAUAUAUACUCUAUAUAUAUAUAUCUAUUACAGGGCCUGUAUAAAGCUAUUAGAAUGUCUAAGAUAUACUCUAUAUAUAUAUAUCUAUUACAGGGCCUGUAUAAAGCUAUUAGAAUGUCUAAGAUAUACUCUAUAUAUGUAUCUAUUACAGGGCCUGUAUAAAGCUAUUAGAAUGUCUAAGAUAUACUCUAUAUAUAUAUCUAUUACAGGGCCUGUAUAA